UCCAUUGCCAGCUCGGACUCUGGCAACUCCAGCGACUCGGCCACAAGCAGCAUCCACAGCGAGCGCAAACAAUCAAACCAGAACGGAUCCAGAAAGCGCCGUAGACUCUCACCCACCGGAUCAGCAGACUCGGACUCGGAACUGGAGACUCAACAACAGCAAAAAGUUGCUCCUCCUCCCAUGGCCACUGCAUCUCGCAUCCAACCAUCCAUCUCCCGCAUCAAGGCCAAACCAACAACGACAUCUUCCACAACCACAAACCCCACACCCACAGAAACCAUCAUUACAACAGCUCAAAAGGAAAUGAAAAGUCCACCAAUCCCCGAGAUCCUCUCCGGACGCGACUGUAUCGGUGGCAGCAGAACGGGAUCGGGAAAAACCGUUGCCUUUGCAGUGCCCAUCCUGCAACAAUGGGCCAAAGACCCCUUUGGGAUUUUCGGUCUCGUGCUCACGCCCACCCGCGAACUGGCAUUGCAGAUUUUCGAACAGUUCAAGGCUAUUGGUGCGGUGCAGAAUCUUAAAGUUUGCUUGGUGACUGGAGGGGCGGAUAUGAGGGCUCAGGCUAUUGAGUUGGCGAGGAGGCCGCAUGUGGUUAUCGCUACACCGGGAAGGCUUGCGGAUCAUAUCAAUAGCAGUGGGGAAGAGAGUGUUGCUGGAUUGAGGCGGGUCAAGUUUGUGGUGCUGGAUGAGGCGGAUAGAUUGUUGGCGGCUGGCAAGGGGAGUAUGUUGCCCGAUUUGGGGGUUUGCAUGGAGGUGUUGCCUGAGAGUGGCAAGAGGCAGACUUGUCUGUUUACCGCGACUGUCACGGCAGAAGUCAGAGCACUGCAAGAUAGACCUAGACCCAAGGGCAAACCUCCCGUGGCCGUGUGUGAGAUACUAAACAGCCCCACUAGGNUCGACCUAGACACCCUCGCCAUCCCAGACACCCUCCACCAAACCUACUGUCUCGUCAACGUCGUACACAAGGAAAAAUACCUCCACAUCCUCCUCCUCACCGAGCAAAACCUCAAAAAACCCACCAUCAUCUUCGUCAACCGCACCUCCACCGCAAACCUGCUCGAACAUUUACUGCGCUCCCUCGAUCACCGCGUCACCUCUCUGCAUUCGGGACUCCAGCAAUCUGAUCGCACCAACAAUCUCGCCCGCUUCCGCGCAAACGCCGCUCGCAUUCUCGUGUGCACGGACAUCGCCGCCAGAGGUCUGGAUAUCCCUUCUGUGGCGUUGGUGGUCAACUAUGAUCUCCCCCGCGAUCCUGAUGAUUAUGUGCAUAGGGUUGGUCGUACGGCGCGCGCAGGCCGUACGGGUACUUCGGUGUCAUUGGUGGGACAGAGGGAUGUAGGGCUUGUUCAAGCGAUAGAAGACAGAGUGGGAAGAAAGAUGGAGGAAUAUGUAGAGGAAGGUGUCAAUGUGGAAAGCAGGGUUGUCAGGGAUGCGUUGAAUGUUGUGGGAGACAAGAAGAGGGAGGCGCUUUUGGCGAUCGAGGAAGGUAGAGAUGUCAAGGGCAAGAGAAGAAAGCAGGGGAGAAGUGCUGGGAAA